AUGAAGGUCUUCGUUUGUAUGUGUGCUCUCUUUGCUGUGGCCAACGCCGGCUUCCUCGGUCUGCUCGGAGGUGGCGGUGGCGGCGGCGGUGGUGGCGGCGGUGGCGGCGGCGGUCUUAAGGCCGGCAUCAGCUUGGGCGGCAGCAGCGGCGGUGGUGGCGGCGGCGGUGGGGGCGGCUAUGGUGGCGGCGGCGGCUAUGGCGGGGGCUAUCACGGCGGUUCACAUGGCGGUCAUGGUGGCGGUCCCGUCCAGGUGGUCAAGGUCAUCCAUCAGCAAGGCGGCUACUCUGGCGGCGGCUACUCCGGAGGCGGCGGCGGCGGUGGAGGCUAUGCCGGCGGCUAUGGCUACGAGCCCGCCCCACAGGUCUACAAAGUAAAGGUCAUCUCCGAAGGCGGCAGCCAUGGCCAUGGUCCAGCCCCCGGACCAGUCUACGGUGCCCCAGAAUCCGUCAAGGUGAUCAAGUUAUUGUCGGAGUCCGCUCCUCUGGUCAGCGGUCCAUCUUUCGUUGGCGGCGGCGGCGGCGGCUCGUCGGGUGUUUCCCAGGUGAUCAAGGUGGUGCACGAGAACCAUGACGGUGGUGCUUCCUACGGCGGACAUUCUGGCUCAAUUCAGGGUGGACACGCCAAGGUUGUGCGCGUUAUCCAUGAGCAUUCGGGCGGCUUUGGCGGAGGCCCAGCUUACGCUCCCAUCGAUGUUCCCGGACCAGCUCCGGUGUCUUCCUACCUGGCCCCUGUCCAGGAGACUCCAGUUUAUGCUCCCCCUGCACCCGCUCCAGUCUAUGCUGCCCCUGCACCCGCUCCAGUUUAUGCUGCUCCCGCUCCAGCUCCAGUGUAUGCCUCCCCACCUCAAGUGAACUAUGCUCCAGCUCCUGCACCCGCUCCAGUUUAUGCUGCUCCCGCUCCAGCUCCAGUGUAUUCCUCCCCACCUCAAGUGAACUAUGCUCCAGCUCCUGCCCCGGCUCCAGUAUAUUCUGCUCCCGCUCCAGCUCCAGUGUAUGCCGCCCCACCUCAGGUGUACAGUGCCCCCAUCCAGGCACCUGCGCCGAUCCUGAGCAUCCCCCACCAAGCACCCGCCCCAGUGUUCGCGCCCGAGGAACAACUCCUGCCCGUGGGACAUGCGCCCGCCCAGACCUACGGCCCACCAGCCUACUAA